AUGGGACAUCCUGGAGUUGCUGGACAUCCCAUGGGGGCCCCCGGAAUGCCUCCCAACGCCGGCCAGCAAGGCGCGCCCGGCGGCAUGCCUCACCAGUUCGCUGGCGGCCACAUCGCCGUCUCCGGCCCAGGAGGCCAGGUCAAUCCCGCCAUGAUGGGCGGUAUGCCGCCUGGUGCCAGUCCUGGCCCUCACGCGGUGCACCAGCUCACCCCCGCGCAACAGCAGAUGUUUCAGCAGCAGCAGCAGCAUCUGCAACAGCAGUUCAGCAUGAACAACCCGAGCGCAAUGGCUGCCAUUCGACAGCAACAAAUUCUGCAACAGCAACAACGGCAAGCCAUGUUCGCCCAGCAGUUUCAAGGCAUGAACACCGCGGGCGUCAACGGUCUACCCAUGGGCAUGCAACUGAGCCCCCAGCAGCUUCAGCAUCUGAGACAGCGGAGCGCCGCCAUGAGCCAUGUAGCCGGGCCUAACUCGCAGGCGAUCAUGGCGCAACAGCUGGCCCUCCAGCAGCAUGCGGCGGCCCAGCAGCAAGCAGCCCAGCAAGCGCAUCAUCAGGCCGCGGCGCAACAGGCGGCGCAACAGCAGGUGGCGCAUAAUCAGCAGUUGGCUGCCAGCCAUAACCAGGCGCAGCACAUGGCAAUGAACGCGCAGCCCAUGGGAAUGCAGCAGCAGAACCCCAUGGCUGCCGCGGCUCAGACGCAGAUGGCCGCCCAGCAACCACAGAACCAGCAGCCUCCGGGGCAACCUCAACCACCGCAACAGCAGCAGCCUGGGCCCCAGUCACAGCAGGCCCCCCAGCAGACCUCUCAGGCAGGCACACCAGCUCCCUCUGGCCAGCAGACACCGUCCCAGACACCCGCCCCGACACCCGCUCACGCGAACCAGAUGCCGCCUGGACAACCCCAGCCCCAGCAAGCUCAGCCCCCGAACCAGGCCCAGAUGGCCGCCCAGCAGCUGAUGGCGUCGUCCAUGAUGCAACAGCAGCAGAUGAGGGAAGGGAUGAAGACUCGGUGUCUGUUGAAGUUGAUGCAGUUUGGAGAACGCCUUAGCGGCUUCCCGGGCGCAAAGAACAAGGACGAUAUGUCCUAUUGGAAUCGAUUUGUAGCCCAGUUCUUCUCCCCAAACGGCGUGUUCCGACAUACAUUACACGUCAGCGACUCCGAGGACACACCGGACAAGCAGUACGAUAUCUCGUACCCAGCGAUUGCUCGCUACUUCCAUACGCACUUCAGCAGUGGCGUCAAGAGCAUGCAGCUCAUUCUGGAUAGCGGGAGCAGUGACAAGCAUCUGCCAGGAGACUGCUAUUGCAUCGAGAAUCCCAGGGCCAGCUUCGUCUACUGGUUCGAGACGGGCUCACAUCUCGUGGCCACUGGUACGUUACGGGCGCAAUUCGAUGCCGAACAAAAGAUUGAACUGUUCGAAUUCCUCACGACGAGACAAGAGGAAUACGUUUCUCGAAAGCGAGUGAUUGAAGCUGCAAAGCCGGCACAUGAAUGGAUCAAGGAAUGGCGCAGCGUAAAUACGAUGGACGGCAAGCAGUCGCCGGAAAUGUCCAAGAAGGGCAAGGCUCGCCAGCUCAAGUCUCCUCAGAAAGAGCCUCCUGGGGUUUUGGUCGAUCUCCCGGACUCUGCGGUGAACAGCAAGGGCGUCACGGAGGCGGUACAUCAGUUCCUCGAGAUUGUGGAGGUUAUGGGCCAGAUGAACCCAUUGUUUGGAUUCUUCCACUCCAAUCCCGGCCUCAGCCCCUAUGGCGCGCUCGAACAAUACGUUGCAACCCAGAUCAACAACAACCCGGCACCCAUGAUGAACGGGCAGACCAUGGGCCAGGGGCCAAGGACACCUAGUUUCGGGCAGUUCCCGAUGGGAGCGAGCCCUGCUGCGGUACACAUGAACCUCCCGGGGUCGCCUCACAUCGGCAGCCCUGCGCCGGGCCAAGCCCCCGGCAUGCAGCUCCAGCCUAGCCAGCAAGGGACGAGCUCAAGCGGGCCAAGCGCAAACACAUCGCCGGCUUCUAAUAAACGUCGGCGUCCGUCCACCGUCAAGGUCGAAGACGAUUCGGCCACAGCAGGCGGUACUCAGGUCAACGGCAUCCAGAGCAGGGCCAAGCCCCAACCCCAGACUACUCCUCGAAUGGCCAAGCGAAUGAAGGGCAACCCGGCCUGA